CCGUGUUGCUAAGGUUAAGCAGGUGGAGGAUUUCUCCGACCAGUUCGGCAUGAAAUUUUUCAUGUGUGCGAGCUAUGAGCAUGAUCCACCCCGUAGUUCAGCUUCGUCGUCCACCAGGCCGCCGUCUCCCCCGCCCCUAUGCAAAUGGUUUCACUGGAUAGACACGGAGCAGCCGGAUUGGGCGCGCGAGGAGGUUGAGGAGAAACAGCGCCGUGCGUGGGCAACGUUCUUUGAGGAGGAGCGUUGGGAAAAGGUUCGUGCUAAUGAGAAAGCAGAGCGAGAGAGGCAGAUACAGAAACUAAGGGCGGAACAAGCUCGUAACCGAGAGGUGAAUCAGAAGAGGAUGGAUGAUGAGGCUGCACGUAGGUUUGCAGAGGAAGAGGUUCGCAGGGAGGCUCGUGAAGCGGAAAGGAAGAGACUAAGGGAAAGAGGCUGCUUGAAGCGCAAGCGCAGAAGAACGCGGCGACAAGUCUGGAAAAUGGCCACGGUGGACGCAGGGAAAUGUAUUCUCUGA